AUGUUUUCUUUCAUUUUGUUAUUGAUUGCGCUCAUUACGUUGGGCUGGUUCUAUCUGAAGCACCAUUACUCAUACUGGGAGCGUCGUGGCUUUCCAUACGAUAAGAAUGCCGGCAUACCGUUUGGCUGCUUGGGCAGCGUGUGGCGUAUGGAGAAGGCCAUGGGCAUGGCCAUCACCGAUGUGUACAUGAAGAGCAAGGAACGCUUUCUGGGCACCUAUCUGCUGUUCCGGCCCGCUGUCGUGGUGCGCGACGCUGAGCUGGCACGCAAGGUGCUGGCCCAGGACUUUGCCAGCUUCCAUGAUCGCGGCGUGUAUGUGGAUGAGGAAAAGGAUCCAAUGUCUGGCACAAUCUUUGCGUUGCGCGGUCAAAACUGGCGUUCCAUGAGGCAGAAGCUUACGCCCUGUUUUACGUCUGGCAAACUGAAAGGCAUGUACAGCACCUCCGAGGACAUAAGCAACAAAAUGGUUGCGUAUUUACAAAAGCAAUUACCGGAGCAGGGCGUGAAAGAAGUGGAUCUGAAGCAUGUGAUGCAAACCUAUGCUAUAGAUAUUAUUGCUUCAACGAUAUUUGGCCUGGAUAUCAAUAGCUACGAUCAGCCAGAGAACAAGUUCAGAAAAAUCGUGACCAUUGUUAGAAGGGACACACGAUUUACAGCACUCUUUGGCAUGAUGAUAUUUCUAGUGCCCUCCGUUGCCAAGUUUCUGUUCAAGAUUGGCUUUCAGAAUCCAGUUGGCAAGUAUAUGCUGGGCAUAGUCAAGGAGACCAUUGAGCAUCGUGAAAAGCACGGCUUUGUGCGCAAGGAUAUGCUGCAGUUGCUCAUGCAGCUAAGAAACACUGGCAGCAUUGAGGAGGAUGACAGCAAGACAUGGAACAUUGAGACUAGUGACGAUGGACACUUAAAAAGCCUUUCACUAGAAACAAUCACCGCGCAGGCUUUCAUCUUCUACAUAGCUGGUCAGGAGACAACAGGCUCAACUGCUGCUCUUACGAUAUUCGAAUUGGCGCAGUAUCCCGAGCACUUGCAGCGUCUGCAGCAGGAAAUUGAUGCAACGCUCGAGCAGCAUGGCGGCACCAUAAGCUACGAUGUGCUCAACAAGAUGGAGUUUCUGGAGCUGUGCGUGCUAGAAACUCUACGCAAAUAUCCUGGCCUGCCCAUACUCAAUCGUGAGUGCACCAAGGACUAUACCGUGCCAGAGACAAAUCAUGUGAUCAAGAAGGGCACACCAGUUGUCGUUUCACUAUAUGGCAUGCAUCACGAUGCGGAGUAUUUCCCUGAGCCAGAAAAAUACGAUCCCAAUCGCUUUGCGGAGGCAACAAAGAACUACAAUCCCACAGCUUAUAUGCCCUUUGGUGAGGGCCCAAGAAUGUGCCUGGCAGUGCGCAUGGGUCGUGUAAAUGCCAAGCUAGCUAUAGUCAAAUUACUGCAGAACUUUAAUGUAGAGCCAAUGAGCAAACGUGAAAUUGAGUUUGAAAAUAGCGGCAUUGCCUUAAUGCCAAAGAAGGGAGUACUGGUGCGACUCUCGAAGCGAAUGCCCAAGUAACAGUUUGUUGUAUUUAAAACACGUUCGAUUAGAUAAAGUUUGUUAUCAGCUAAGUAAAACCUACCGUAAGUCUGUUUAGAUUAUUUUACGAAUAGAGUCAACACUUUAUUAAAUGCUCGCAAAUGUACUUGUACUUG